AUGGAUUAUGAUUAAACUGAAAAAAUGGAAAUGUUUAUUUACUAUAAUGGGUUUGAAGAUAAGACAUUCUAAUCUUUAAAUAAUUUAUAGAUUAAAAAUAAUGUUGUUUAAACAAUUAAUGUUUUGAGAAUGGGUCCUACAAGAGGCCCUGAAGAUUGGAGUGGAGUUUUCAGAGAUGUGAAAUAAUCUAUAGAAAAUCGAUUUACAUUACAAAUAGUUUUUAAAUUCAAAUAAUAAUUAUCAAAACCAUCAGGGUUUAUUCAAUUCUAUAGGUUCCAUAGGAUUUAAGUACAAGUUUAGUCCUGUUAUUUUGUCAGGAUUGAGUGUUUAUUAAAUUAAAAUAUGAUCAAUAAAAAGUUUCUUCCUUAUCAGUGGAAUCAAAAAUUAAAUUUAAAGAAAGAAAGAAUUUACAAAUGGAAAUUUGAUAAAAUUGAUUUUUCUAAAGGAGACUUGCAUAGUUUAAAAAUAAAUUAUUAAAAUGAUGAAUUAUCUUUAAUUAUAGUUGAUACAUAAAGUGACACUCAAUGCAAAACUAAUAUACUACCUCCUUUUUAAUGGAAAAAAGUAGCAUUUAAAUUUAAAAAAUAUUUUUAAUUAGAAAUCAGUCUAUGUAUUGUAGGCAUUAAAUAAUAUGGUUAAAUUGUUGAUUUAUAUACAUUGAAGAUGAUAGGAAGCAACUUUUUAAAUGAUGUUUCUUGGAGUGGUCAUACAUUAAAGUAUUAAGUAGACUAUCCAUUGUCUCUGCUUAUCACACUUUCUUUAUAAGAGAAAUUCCAAUUAUUCUUUAGGUAUUUAUUCCCUAUUCGACAUGCUUAAUUUGAAUUAUAGUAAGUAGAGAUUAAACUCACUAAGAAAUUCAAAAAAAAGGAUUGUAAUUAAAUUAAUAACUUCAAUAUUAUUUUAAUUGUAUUGGGAAUGCAUACCUAAUUGAUGCAUGUUGUCAAUGCUUUUUAUCACUAUUUUUAAAUGGAUAUCAUCGCAGUCUAAUGA